UUACAGUCCCUUUAAUCCUAAGUACAUCUUAAAAAUAUACAGCCGAUCCCUCUUGAAUAGGAGUCAUGGGCGUAUACAGGGGGAGGGAGGGGGGGGGGGGUACUGGCGUGAGCACCCCUCCCCUUUUGAGUAUACCUUUUUUCUUGUGUAAGCUUAAAAACCCCUGUCCUUUAACUGCUUUUCUUAUGUAAGCUUAAAAACCCCUAUCCUUUAACUGCUUUUCAUUACACUCAUAAAAAAUGUACUUUCGAUCUGAUGUUUUAACUGUUUUGUUAUAUAUUAAUCUACUGUAGUCAAGAGUAUAUAGUUCGUGUAUUAAGAAUUAGGGGGGAGGGGCUAGGAAGGAAAGGAGGUGGGGCAGGAGGGGCGUGGUUGUAAUGGACAUUUUAAUCAUUCUCGGAUUUAAAUCUGUAGAAUGACCGCUCGUACUAGGCUAGCCUAGGUACUAGGUAUCUUACUGCGCAAUAACGUAGCAAGGGGUCAUAACCACUGACCAACAAUAACCUUUCGAUAAACAGAAUUUAGAAAGGUUAUAUCAGUCUACCCUUAGUUAUAACAGAACUACUAACCCCGCUAUGGGAAUCGCGGACAUAGAAACUGAUACUCUUGAGUUGUUAAUACAUUUCUUUGCUUUUAUCAUCUUUUCCGUUUUUCUGGGAGUAUUUAUGAGCAUCGUUUAUCUGGUCUACUUAAUCUACAGAGAAUGUGUUGAUGCAUGUACCACACCUGAACCCACCACCAGACCUAAUAUGGAUCCUGUUCAGGUUCAUCGAUUGACAAAGAAUCUGAAAGCAAUAGCGCGGGAGUUAACCUCCACCGCUGAGGAGUCUGCGGAGCGAGAGGAGAAGGAUGACAACUUUAUCUCCGUGGACCUGGUCGAGAUCGAAAGCUCGUUCGAGUUCCGGUCCGAGGAGGAUGAAGAGGAGGAGAUCCAGGUGUGCGAUGAGACCACAGGGAGGAUUGAGUUCUUGAUGGAGCUCAUAUGAUCUGCCGCGUUGAGAUCGUCCGUGAAAUAAUUCUAGAAUCUUAUAUCUUUCUUCUUGGUCCUGUUAGGAUCAGUGGGGGUUCGAACUUUUGAAUCAACUAAAUCUAAUCCACAACGCUUAAACUGGAUAUUUAGAUGAAAACUUUUAUCUUGAAGUAAUUAAAGAGCUAAUUCGUGAAUUUGUGAAACAACACCCGACUCUAAUUUCUAGGGUCAAAACUUUUAAAUGACUCUUUUAUCUUCAAAGCUGAGGCCACUUAAAAAAUUGAGAGAUAUCCAAAUAUUCAAAAUAUCCUAGUUUUUGUCUCAAAAAGAUUAAACUUCUUCCAUCCUACAACCAAGUGUUUUCUGGCUAAAAGAAACAACAAGCUAUUUUUCACUGAAUCUCUUAUUGAUAAAGUGAAAAUAUAGUGUAAAAUAAAUUUAAGUUCAGUUUUCAAAAUGUUUAAAUUAUUGUAAAUAGAUUAUAUAUUUGUACAGCAAAAGUUCUUAGCAUAUUUAGUUUAAUAAUUUAGAAAUUCCAUCUCGAU